AUGACGCAAAAAAUCCCACCUGAAUAUCAAAGAGCUCAAUGUAUUGCAUUGAGUAAUGCUGGCUUUUUUUGUCGUGAAGCUAGCAAAUUUAUUGGAAUUUUCAAAUCAUCUGUUCAACGUGCCAUCAAGCGCUUCGAAGAAACAGGUGACUUUCAUGAUCGACGACGUAGUGGUAGACCAAAAAAGCUGAAUGAUCGACAUAUUCAUAUGUUAAAAUGUUUAAUGAAAAAUGAUGGCCGUUAUUCUUCACGUGAAACAACUAUUAAAUUAAAUAAUUCAUUAAAAAAUCCACUGUGUAGAAGAACAAAAAAAGAAAGACUUAAUUGGUGUUUAGCACAUAUAAAUUGGAUCAUAAAUGAUUGGAAACGUGUUAUAUUUAGUGAUGAAAUUACGUUUUAUGUUAUAAAACGUAAAAAUAAAGUUAAAAUAUGGCGUACUAAAGAUGAACGAUGGAAAGAAGAUUGUAUGGAAGUAGCUGCUGUUGUUGUUGGUGGUCAUGUUAAUUUUCGGGUGCAAUUACAUCUGAAGGAACCGGUUGUUUUCGAAUUUAUAGUGAAAAUACUAACAGUAACGUUUAUUGUGACAUUUUAAACAAUUAUUUGAUUCCUACAGUACACUUAUACCAAAUGGGAAAUGAUUAUAUUUACCAAUACGACAAUGCCAGAUAUCAUGUAUCACGACAAGUCCAAGCAAAAUUUCAUGAAUUAGGUGUUGAAUUAUUAGAAUAGACAGCUAAAAGUCCAGAUUUAAAUGUCAUCGAGCAUUUAAGGUCCAUCAUUGAUAAUAAAUUAAAAUCCAGACCAUUAUCUUCUGUAAAAGAAUUAACUGAAGCUUUAUCGAUUGAAUGUUUAUCAAUGAAACCAGAAUUAUGUAAUAAACUAGACUUGUCGAUGUCAAAGAAAAUUCAAAAAUGUAUAGCAAAUAGUCGAAAAUCUAUAGACUGUUAAAUUUUAUUUUAUUUUUUGUAUUGUUUUAUAGUAUUAUUGAUAUUUAUUGUAUAUGUUUCAGAACUUUUUGUCUAUGGAAGAUUUUCGCGCUUUUAUUUUACUUAUAUUAAAACUAGAACUUUUGCGUUUGUAUGACAUAAUAUGAAAGCUUCAGCAAUAAGUACACUUACCAUAUAUAUAAAGUUUAAUUCGACCGAAGUAUAAAAUUUUGCACAAAACAUUCUU